UUUCUACGAUAAUAAUGAUUAAAUGACACAGUUUAAAGGAAUAAUUACAUCAGGGUAAACAUAAAAUUCGACACCGCCUCCAUCACUCUCUACACUUUCUUCCUUGCAAUAAAUGGCGUCGUUUUAUCACAUUAGAUAUAAUGCUACUAUAUAAACCUGAUCUGAAAUGUUAACAAUGGUUGAUAUACUCUCCAUCUUUUCUAACUGAGACAUUUUUCAUAGCAUAACAUUCAAAAUUCACCAUUUCCUCCAUCAACACAAUGUCAGAAAAAGACAGCUACGUUUGUACACAGCCAGCCCAUGUUACUCCACUGCAGAUUCCAAAACUGAAGAUAGAACGACGGAAAACAGGGCCGGAUAAGAAGGGAGCCAAAGUAGCUAAUCAUAAGUGUGAUAUAUGUGGCAAGUCAUAUACUGAGUUGUCAUAUUUGAAGGCCCAUCAAGUUGUUAGUCAUGGCCCAAAUGCAGCUAAACCAAAUAAGUGCAACAUUCCAUCAUUGAAGACUUUCAAGUGUGACAUUUGCAGUAAACAGUUCAGUAGAAAUUACCACCUAGACCGCCAUCGAAUGACCCACACAGGGGAAAAGCCAUUCAAGUGUAAAGUUUGUAGCAGGACCUUUAGCCGUAACUAUCAUCUGCAUAGACAUGCUUUCAUUCAUACUGGUGAGAAGCCAUAUAGUUGUGAAGUGUGUGCCAAAGCAUUUUCAAGAACUGAUAAACUUAAAAAACACACUAAGACCCAUUUAGCACCUUUUCGGGAGGUUAAAAGUACAAGAUGAGAAGAAGAGAAAUUGAAGUAUAUAUAUAUAUAUAUAUAUAUAUAUAUAUGUGUGUAUAUAUAUAUAUAU